UCGCACAGUUUUGACGUCACGCCGGGGUCCUCCAUGAACGCAUGUCUCCACGUGAGAGUAUCAACAGCGUGAUGGCUGUGUGAGUUCAUCCCUCGACCUGUUGGAGUGAGUGAAGAUUUUAAAAACCUCAGCAACAACAACGAGUGUGCAACAGAAGUAAACAAAGGACCAUGGCAACAGUCCGCAAGAAGGUAGACAACCGGAUUCGUGUCCAGAUAGAGAAUGGAGUCGCUCUGCGGCAUCGGACCAUGUUUGUGGUGGUGGGAGAUCGUGGAAGAGAUCAGGUUGUCAUUCUGCAUCACAUGCUGUCUAAAGCCAGCGUCAGAGCACGACCCUCCGUCCUCUGGUGCUACAAGAAAGACCUUGGGUUUAGCAGCAACCGGAAGAAGCGCAUGAGACAGCUCCAGAAGAAGAUAAAAACUGGCACACUGAAUCUGAACCAGGACGACCCGUUUGAACUCUUCGUCGCUGCGACCAACAUCCGCUACUGUUACUACAACGAGACACACAAGAUCCUGGGAAACACCUUCGGCAUGUGCGUCCUGCAGGAUUUCGAAGCCAUCACUCCCAAUCUCUUAGCCAGAACUAUUGAGACUGUAGAAGGAGGUGGUAUAGUGGUGCUGCUGCUGAGGACAAUGAACUCUCUCAAGCAGCUGUACACUAUGACUAUGGACGUGCACUCUCGAUACCGGACUGAGGCUCAUCAGGAUGUGGUGGGAAGGUUCAAUGAGAGGUUCAUUCUGUCGCUUGCGUCCUGCAAAAACUGCGUCGUCAUUGAUGACCAACUCAACAUCCUGCCAGUCUCCAGCCACAUGGCAAACAUCAAACCCAUUCCUCCAAAGACUCAGGAGGACGGUUUGUCUCCACGAGAGCAGGAGCUGAAGGAUCUAAAGGAGUCCCUUCAGGACACUCAGCCUGUGGGUGUGUUGGUGGAUUCCUGCAGGACAAUGGAUCAGGCUAAAGGAGUGCUGAAGUUCAUUGAGGCAAUCUCAGAGAAGACCCUGAGGAGCACCGUGGCUCUGACUGCUGCCCGUGGUCGAGGCAAGUCUGCAGCACUGGGGCUGGCUGUCGCUGGAGCUGUGGCUUUUGGCUACUCCAAUAUUUUUGUAACCUCACCGAGCCCGGACAACCUCCACACCAUGUUUGAAUUCAUCUUCAAAGGCUUUGAUUCUCUGCAGUAUCAGGAGCACCUUGACUAUGAAAUCAUCCAGUCUUUGAAUCCAGAGUUCAACAAAGCUGUGGUGCGGGUUAACAUCUUUAAAGAGCAUCGGCAGACAAUUCAGUACAUUCACCCAGGCGAUGCAGUGAAGCUGGGCCAGGCUGAACUGCUGGUCAUUGAUGAGGCUGCAGCAAUCCCUCUUCCUCUGGUUAAGAAACUGCUCGGGCCUUAUCUGGUUUUCAUGGCCUCCACCAUCAACGGGUAUGAAGGCACUGGGCGCUCUCUUUCCCUCAAACUGAUUCAGCAGUUGAGGCAGCAGAGUGCGGACAGUCAGCAGAGCAUGUCAGCAGAGAACAGAACCGCCAACACAGCGAGGCUAGCAGCAGCUCGCUCUCUCCAUGAAGUUACUCUUCACGAGUCCAUUCGGUACGCUCCAGGAGACGCUGUGGAAAAGUGGCUGAAUGAUCUUCUCUGUCUGGACUGUCUGAACAUUCCCAGGCUCAUCUCUGGCUGCCCGCUUCCACAGACUUGUGACCUAUAUUAUGUGAACAGAGACACACUGUUCUGUUACCACAAGGCUUCUGAGGCCUUCCUGCAGAGGUUGAUGGCCCUCUACGUGGCAUCACAUUAUAAGAAUUCACCAAACGACCUGCAGAUGUUGUCCGAUGCUCCGGCCCAUCACCUCUUCUGCCUCCUGCCUCCUGUUCCUCCCACACAGAACUCACUACCUGAGGUCCUCGCAGUGGUGCAGGUGUGUCUGGAGGGAGAAAUAUCUCGGCAGUCCAUCCUAAACAGUCUGUCCAGGGGAAAGAAAGCCUCUGGUGACCUCAUUCCCUGGACGGUGUCAGAACAGUUCCAAGACCCAGAGUUUGGCAGCCUUUCUGGAGGCAGAGUGGUGCGAAUAGCCGUCAAUCCAGACUACCAAGGGAUGGGCUACGGCUCCAGAGCUCUCCAGCUGUUGCAGAUGUACUAUGAGGGCAAGUUUCCCACCAUGGAUGAGAGCACACACUCCAAUCACAAUGAGAUCACCUCUGUCAGCAGUGAGGCUGUCAGCCUGCUGGAGGAGGUGAUCACUCCACGGAAGGAGCUUCCUCCACUGCUGCUGAAGCUGAGUGAGAGGAGAGCAGAGAGACUGGACUAUCUAGGAGUUUCCUAUGGCCUUACUGCACAGCUGCUCAAGUUCUGGAAGAAAGCAGGUUAUACUCCAGUCUACUUAAGACAAACCCCUAAUGACCUGACAGGAGAGCACUCUUGUGUGAUGCUGAAGGAGCUGAAUACAGAUGAAGCCCCAGAGCAGAGCCAGUGGCUGUCUGCCUUCUGGAAAGAUUUCCGCCGGCGCUUCCUGUCUCUCCUCUCCUACCAGUUUGGCAGCUUCCACCCGAGCCUGGCACUCAGCAUCCUGCAGAAUAAGAAGUCCAAGGAGGAGAUGAGCACUCUCAGUAGCUCUGAGCUGGCAGCCCUUUUCAGCCCUUACGACCUCAAACGUCUGGAGUUGUAUUCAAGGAGCAUGGUAGACUACCACCUCAUCAUGGACCUGAUCCCGACAGUGGCACGCAUCUUCUUCCUCAAGCAGCUCGGCAACGUCUCCCUCUCAGCUGCGCAGUGUGCGUUACUGCUGGGUGUAGGGUUACAGCACAAGUCAGUGGAACAGCUAGAAAAGGAAAUUGAGCUUCCAAGCUCGCAGCUCAUGGGCCUCUUCAACCGUCUGAUCCGGAAAUUUGUUCAAGUCUUCACCAGCAUCCAAGAAAAAGCUAUUGAGGCAGAGAUGGUGGACACUAAAGAUGUUUCCAUGGAGCCGACUGUCAGAAGCCUUAAUGAUGAUCUGAAUGAAGCAGCAAAGGAGUUUGAAGAGAAACACAAGCAGGAUGUGGAGAAAGUGAAAGAAAUGGACCUGGAUGAGUACAAGAUCCGUGGACAUGAUGAGGAAUGGGACCAGGUGUUGAAGAAAGCAGGGAACACAGCGAUUGUCAGCAUCAAGAGUGACAAGAAGAGGAAGUUGGAUGGGGGGAACGCCUUAGCAAGUAAUGGGGCUUCCCAGCACGGGAAACUAAAGAAGAAAGAAACGCAACAGGGCAAAUUCAAGAAGAACAAGGACAAACAUGGCAAAUUUGGAAAGAAGGUGUGACUGUAAACUGCAGUGCAUGGACAGGACAGUGUGUGUGGGCAGCAGCAUCAACAUCAUCUACUGAACUUUGGAUAUCUCGGAGGCUUCAUUCUUUUUAGUUCUGCUACCCACUUAUACCGAUGUUUCUACAUUGUCAUUACAAGUUUGUUGCUUUGAUUUAUGUUAAGUGCAACACUGCACAGAUACUGUAUAUCAGCAGAAAAUAACACACUUACUCGUACUAAAUGGGUAUUCCUUUACUAUUGAGUAUUUCAAACAUUUUCACAUAUUUUUUAAGAGUUCCCUUUUAGUUGAGGUCAUGAUUUCUACAAAAACUUGUAAAAAGGUUAACAGAGAUGUUUUUAAAACUGAAAUGUGAGGUAUAUUGGUUUUUUAAGUUCCACUGAACAGGUCACUUGAACACCUGAGGCUGUAGAUCAAUCCACUUCUGCCGGAGCUGCUGUUUCACAGUGUCUGGUGCGAAGAUACAGUCUAUGGCCUGCUGGGAGAGCUUCCAUACAGCUUCACGACUGAGACCAAACGUGGAAGCUGCCAGCUGAUAUUCCUUAGACAAGUCUGUGCAGAAGACUCCCUUAUCAUCAGUCUGUAAUGUGACAAAGAAUAAAAAUUCAUGGUAAACUUU